UUAUAGUUGGGGUUUUAGGGCUAAUGCUGACCAAGGAAGCAAUAAAGGAAAGGUCACCAAAGCUGAAGUGGCUGGCUAUUGCAGUGCAGAUAACAUCCAUUUUCACCACCCAGCUGGCAGUGCUCCAUACGGCGUGGAACGUGUGGGGCCUGAUAGCGUGUCUCACCAACCCAGAUCCUGGACCGCACUUUGCAGCGCAGUGCCACGUCAACAACGCCGGAAUCAGCGUUCAAGCCGCAUAUGGCAUCCUUGUCGGAAUCGGAAUGGCGGCCACUUGUGUCGUGACGUCCAUCUGUUCCUCAGCUGUGGUGAGGGCCAUAAAAACCGCAGAACGGGAAGAAAGAACAGAAGUGAUCGUAUAAUGAGAGGUCAUCGCAUAUGUUUUUAUUAACUCUGACGGCAUGAGGCUACAGGAUUUCUUUGCUGGAUCCCAUCAAUAACCCUGAUAUGAGAGUAACCAUUUGAUUUUCAGGGGCGGGUGUAUAUGUGCGCGUGUGUGUGUGCGCGUGU